AUGGACGAAUGUCAGCCUAGCAUACUUCGGCGGAUCAUUGCAUCUACGACAGCUGCCAUCAUAACCUCUAUAGUUGGUUUGGUAUCAUUUUUAAUGCCGAUAGUUACGCCUCUUGAUGUUGUCAAAGUUAGGCUACAGCUCCAACAUCGCCCCACAAGCUCUAGCCUUAAAGUUUCACCAUUGUCUCAACUUAAUCUAUGCUUUCCAAGCAUCUUACCGCAAACUUCAUACCAUGCUGUUAGUAAAUCCUUAGGAGCUUCUGGUGGCACAUUGCUGUUUGACUUAUUUGUAGCCAUUGCAGUUUCUCUUGUUUCGCCAUUAGAAUUGGUCCGGACCAGGACACAGGCCCUAAGCAUUUCAAAUUUCAGGUCUCUGAAAGAGACAAUUUAUAGUCUCUCCGUUGAAAUUAACAAAAAAGGGAUUGGGACACUUUGGCGAGGCCUUAUUCCCACCCUUUGGAGAGAUGUCCCAUUUUCUUCAAUAUAUUGGCUCGGUUAUGAGGCUCUGAAAGCCAAAACGGCGAAAGAUUUUUUUCCAAAUUCAGAAUUAAAGGCAUCCUUCAUGAGUGGAUUCUGUUCUGGCGCGUUUGCCGCAUUCUUAACGACCCCAUUUGAUGUUGCAAAGACAAGAAGGCAGGUGUUGGAAAGACGGGCCUCAAGCUUGACUGCCAUUUUCCGUGAAAUAUAUCAUCAUGAAGGGGUUCUUGGGCUUUUUAAGGAACAUGACACUGCGGAGUUUAACGGGGAUGAAGCGAUGGAAUUUUCGUUUAAAAAAAUUCUCGUCAUAUAUACCGGCGGUACUAUUGGGAUGAAGUGGACAAAAAAUAAGGGAUACAUCCCAUCUCCAGGAUAUUUUUAUUCCGAGCUCUCCAAUCUCUCCAUAGCCAAUGACCAAAAGUUUUUGCGCUGGAUCUGUUCAAGCCACAGAGGCUACGAAUCUCCGUCUGACAAAUUGUACUUGGGGCCUGAACAUCAUGUUUUUCCAGAGAAAACCACAUUGUCGCCUUGGCUUGUACUACCCUCACCAUACGAAAGCAGAGAGGAGACAAUUUUUUCGUCCUCAGUCUCUGCUUCGUCAGAUGAUGACGCCAUUUUAGAGCAAAGGGUAAUUUACAAGAUAUUGGAGCAUGUGCCUUUGUUGGAUUCUUCUAACAUGAACAUGGAUGAUUGGUUUUCCAUUGCUUGCGACAUAGAAACUUAUUAUCCAUAUUUUGAUUCUUUUGUGGUCUUACACGGGACUGAUACGAUGGCCUAUACGGCAUCUGCACUUUCUUUUUUGCUCGAAAACUUGGGCAAGACCGUGAUACCUUUGGCCGAACCUAGAAACGAUGCUCUCCACAACUUUAUUGGUUCCAUGACCAUCGCUUCAAAGUACUGCAUUCCAGAAGUCACCAUUCUUUUUGGAAACAAGCUUUUCAGAGGCAAUAGGGUGACAAAAUUCAACGCCAUGGAUUUCAAUGCAUUUUCGUCCCACAACAUGACUCCGUUAGCAGAAUUGGGCGUUGAUAUUCUUAUUAAGCCUUCAUCGAUGUCAAAAUUUAAUGUCCAGAAGAACAUUAAUCCGAACGUCUCUAUCCUUCGUCUAUUUCCGGGCAUACCGACGCCGGUGGUUGAGUCCUUUUUAAAGCCCCCAAUUCGUGGCGUUGUUCUGGAAACAUUUGGAACAGGAAAUGCACCGACAAAUCGCCCAGAACUUCUUCGUCUUUUUAAAGAGGCAGCAGAAAGAGAUGUUGUGAUUAUAAACAUAAGCCAAUGUGGGAAGGGAAUCGUCCAAAAUGAGCUAUAUGAAACCGGCCGCUUUCUCUCCUCAUUUGGAAUUGUCCCUGGAGGAGAUAUGACCGUUGAGUGCGCCAUUACGAAGCUGGCUUAUCUGUUGGGAAAGGAAUCUCCACAUCUUUCGAUGUCAAAAAUCCGUCAGCUUUUAGGAACAAGCCUUUGUGGCGAGUUGACGAUGCCGAUCACUCGACCAAUAUAUUCGGUACAUGACCACCAGCAAACGCAUACUAUUUUGGGAGAUGAGGAGCAUUUGUUAAAGCUGUGUGUCAAGGCAACCAACGAGGACUCUGAAUCUAUCAUUGUUCCUGCUGUUUUUGAGCGGCUAGUUUCUCAAGGUGCCGUCAAGGUCCUUCAAAAUAUCCAGCAAGAGUUCCCAAUUUUGUUUUCUCGCUGGAUUCUUCUCCCAAUUGGAGGAGAAAAGUCCACAAAGACUCUUCUGCACCUUGCUGCAUCAUUAGGAAACCCAGAAACCGUUUGUUUCCUGCUCCAAAACGGCCUCUCGGUUCACACUCUUGAUGAUGAAUUCCGAACCCCGGUAAGAAUGGUAUCGUUUUUAACUUUAUCUAGUUGGCACUUGCUCUUACAAAGGGGCAUAUCAAAACAUCUGAGCUAA